AUGGCAAGCAAGCCCAUUAAGAAAUAUUUGCUUUUUACUUCUUUUUUUCGAUACAGCUCUGUUAUUUUUCCUAUAAAGAUUAGAAUUAUAUCGAGGCACAGACAGAUUUUGUUCAAUACUUGA